CGCAUUUACAGUGUGCAGUUGGUGGGGUCUCGUUAUAAGUUUUAUGAGGGCAGUCGCAUUUACAUAGCUACAGUGUUAAAUUCGCAUUGUUUUGUUUAGUGUUAUAAGGGAGAGGAGUCUUCCUGGCGGGUCUCCUGUAGUGGUUUUAUAAGGGCAGUUCGCAUUUCCAGUGUUGUUAGUUCGCCUUUCUCCCUUGUUACGGGCUGAGGCUGGCGAUGCUCACCUGUCCUGUGUGUUGCCAGCCGUUCCCAGCGCCUUCCCGCAGCCCGAUGUCUUUACACUGCUCUCUGCCCUAAUUUCAAGCCCAUGGAGGCCCCUGUGUAGUGCCCCCGCGAGUCCAAGUGUGAAAACCUACGGUAUGGACCACCCUCUCUUCUUGAACCUGGCCCUGCCCCAGCAGCCGCAGCCAACCGCCGCCACUCAAGUACCUCCGGUCACCAGCCAGGUCAACGGCCUCCCGCAGGAAUCAAAACUUGCUACGUACAUCAGUAAUCGGCAGCAGUUGUCAGCUCCACAACAAGCCGAGCAGCAGCAACAGUCCCUCACCAAGAGUGUGGCAGCGCUGAGUCUCGAUGGUGUGGGACCACGGAAGAUAAUGCCGUCUGUGAACAGCAUUGCAGAGUUCAUCCCCGGGACAGCCAAUAGUGGAGGCCUGGCUCAUUCCUCCUCCACGCCCUCUUUCCAGUCCAAUUUUUCUGGGCUCGUCUCACCCAGCUUGUCGACAUCCUCUUCGCUGGGGUUUGCCUCCAUAGCACGUUCCUCACCUGCAGCAUCAGUUGCCUCUCCCCAGCGGCCAGUGUCCCCUCAGGACUCACCCAGCAGAGGGCGGUGUUCUCCCCCUAACGCUGGGGGACAGGAGGACAAUGGCAAUCCUUCCAACCUGCCCACCUACCAGGAGAAUGUAGGAGGCACCACCUACUUUUACACUGCCCAGGACCAGCCUCCUUUCUCCGGCACUGGAGCCACAGCCUCCCCAGCCCCCUUCACAGCAGCCCCUCAGCCCACUUUGGUGUUUCCCCCAUACCAUGUCCUGCCUCCCACCCCUACCCAUGUCCACCACAUGCGGGCCCCUGCCAACGCCCCGCACUUCUUCAUGGGUGAUGAGCUGCGCCAACACCUCCUGGAGAAACACGCCCUUACUCUGGCACAUGUCGACCCGGAACAGUUUCCUGACCUGCCUCAAGAACUGGACAUGUUCCAUGAGCUGGUGCCUCUGGAGCCCCAGCACAAUGUCAACAAAUCCUCCAUAUUUGGCUAUGCUACCUCAGUGUACAAGGCCACCAACGUGAAGACAGGCCUGCAUUAUUGUCUCUACCGCAUCCACGGGUACCGUCUUAACAACGUGAAGGUCACCCAGCUCGUGGACCUGUGGAAGAAACUGCAACAUUCCAGUGUGACUCAGCUGAGAGAGGUCUUCACCUCAAAAGUCUUCGGUGAUAACUCCAUUGUGUUCGUGUAUGACUACCAUCCUGGAGCAGAGACCCUCGCUGCCCGUCACUUCACCUCAGCCAGUGCACUUGGCACCAACGGGUGGGAGACUAUGGCUUCCUCCUUGCCUGGCAAUGGGGCUAAUGAACCCUCAGCACGUGGCAUCCACAAGACUCAUCGCCAUAAUUCUGGCAAUGGUCUGCUACCUGAAGCUACUCUAUGGAACUACAUAAUCCAGCUGACCGGAGCACUGCGAACCAUCCACACUCAGGGCCUGGCUUGCCGCACCCUUGACCCCACCAAGAUCCUUCUCACAGACAACAAAUCCAGGAUCAGGAUAAAUUGCUGUGGCAUUCAUGAUGUGCUGAACUUUGACCCCAAUGCUGCCAACCCUCUGGCCAACAUGCCCCAGUACCAGCAAGAUGAUUUGAUGAGCCUUGGGAACCUUAUGGUGGCCCUUGCAUGCAACUCCUACAUGGCCCUGCAACGAGACAGCAUCCAGACGGCCAUUGAGCUGAUCAACCGCUCCUACUCCCGGGACCUGUCAAUGUUGGUGGUGUGUCUCCUCACCUCCCAGCGCAUCAAGAGUAUCAAUGACGUGAUGCCCAUGAUUGGAGCAAGGUUCUACACUGCCCUGGAGACCGCCAACCAGCGAGCUGACACGUAUGAGGCAGAGAUAUCGAAGGAGGUGCACAACGGACGCCUCUUCCGCCUCCUGACCAAGCUCAACACCAUUGUUGACCGACACCAGCUGCACUUGGACACCUCCUGGAGUGAGACUGGUGACAGAUACAUGUUGAAGCUCUUCAGAGAUUACGUCUUUCACCAGGUGACAGAAGAUGGCCGGCCGUGGCUUGACUUGGCCCAUGUGGUGCAGGUCCUCAACAAGCUGGACGCUGGUUCCCCGGACAAGAUCUGCCUCAUGUCCCACGAUGAACAGAACAUCCUUGUGACUUCAUACAGUGAGCUGAAGAGGUGCUUUGAACGCUCCUUUUCUGAGUUGAUGCAGGCAGCUUCUUCCCACAAGUCAUCAUUGUCCUAGCAAUAUAAAGAGCACUGACCGUCGUCUUGGCUUCAGAGAAUAUCCGCAAGUGGUUCUGUUCCUUUUUCGACAUUUUGGCCAGAGCUUCCAAUCCCUGAGGAAGCUGUGACUGCACACAUGUGUGUGACGUGUAUGUGACAACAAAUACCUUAAACUUAGGGUUUAAUUAUUCUUGAAACACUUAUCUAACUUUGGUCCCUCCAUUAGAGGAAACCAGUUUAUAAUGUAUGGCAAUAUUUCAGUCAUUUUUACUACUGAGAGGCACAUGUGAGUGGCGUGGCUGCUUACUCUGAUCCACUUAUGUUAGCCGUCAACUGGUGGUACAGUUUACUUUUUUUAUUCGCGUCAUCUUUAUUGGACACGUUUUGUUGGAAUGAGAACUCAUGGCUUGUGGCUAACUGGUGUGGCUGCAUCACAUGCAGCAUGCAGAGAGAGUGUAGGUUGUGGGACUGCUUCCUCAGACUUAAUUUAUUGGAAUGCAUCUUGUUUUGACCUUUAUUGUGCUGUUAUUUUUAUACUAUAUUUAUGUUAUAUUUUUUUUAUUCCAAACAUUCAUUUUAUUAUAAUAUUUAUAUCAUUUAAUCAGAGACCGUGAAACUAAAUAUUUUUUUAGGCUAUCUGGCUCCAAAAUUAUUUGCUGUCACUAGUCAUUUAACAGUUAUACAACACACAUCCACUACUGUUUAUAAUAGGAAAAUUGAAUGAUAUGCAGAUUCCCUUCAAGCAUGUGCAGCACAAAAAUCUUUAUAAAUUUGAAAGUGCAAAUAGUAACAACGUGUUUGGUGGAUUGGCUCCGUAGAGUAAUAGUGUGUCGGCAAAAACCUACAGAAAGUAGGUUACACUUGGAACAGUUUAGGCUUCUGAUCGUAUCAGAGUAUUAGAAUUCUUGGGUAAGUUUCAUGUUAUUAAUGAAAAUGUCAGCCAGCAAUACCUUUGGUCCCCAUAGUUCCUCAAUCAUUAGUCAUGCACAUGUUACCUCAAAACAUUUUUCUAUUAGUUUUUACUUGCCUCUAUCUGUCCCUUUUUAUUCUAUUUGAUAGACAGCACAUAGGUGGUGUGUGAAUGUUUAGUAGUGUGACCCGUGUCACCAGGCAAUAUUUCUGAUUUUAGAUACAGAUAGGAACUGAGGAUUGUGAUGAAAAAAUGGUGAUAAAUUAUGAUAAUUUUGUGAAAUGGUAUUACACUAUAAGACCAUAUUCUGUUCAGAGCUCAUCUGAUUUUUUUGUAUAGAGAGAGAUGAAAGGAAAAUGCAUUCCCAUAAAUUUGAGAAGCUGUGUUAUGUAAUGCUGUCAUAUAUUUUGUAUGUAUUUUGUAUUUUCCCAAGAAAUAGGAUAUUGGUAAUUAU